AUGACUUCCUCCGCAUACGCCAACUACGCCCGGUUGGCGCAGAAUGGCUCCCCUGGCGUCGCCGCCCCGACCAAGCAGCACCUGCAGCAAUACACCGUCACGGCCAUGAGCCGCUGGUCCAUCUUGAAUAAGCAGCUUCCGCCCGUCGACAGGAUCAAGGCGCUUCAUGUAUACGAUUUUGACAAUACUCUGUUCAAGACCCCGCUACCGAAUCCGAAGCUAUGGAACGGACCGACUAUAGGAUCGCUGGCCAGCCCUGAUGUGUUCAUAAAUGGUGGCUGGUGGCACGACAGUCGCAUCCUCGCCGCCACUGGCGACGGCCUGGCCAAGGAGGAACCCCGCGCCUGGGAAGGAUGGUGGAACGAGAAGGUUGUUGAGUUGGUUCGCUUGAGCAUGGAGCAGAAAGACGCCCUCUGCAUCCUACUCACGGGCAGGUCAGAGACAGGCUUCGGUGAAUUGGUCAAGAGGAUGAUUACAAGCAGGGGGCUUGAAUUUGACCUCGUUACACUCAAACCCGCCGUGGGACCCGACAACCAGCGCUUCAACAGCACCAUGCAUUUCAAGCAGGUCUACCUUGAGACUCUGAUGGAGACAUACAAACACGCCGAGGAUAUUCGCGUAUACGAAGACCGUCCGAAACACGUGAAGGGCUUCCGUGAUUUCCUCGCUGAAUACAACAUGAGACAGAGUGUCCCAGGCCCUCCUGGCCGGACUCGAGGACCCAUCGGUGCGGAGGUCGUACAGGUUGCCGACCUCGCCACCAAUCUGGACCCUGUUGUCGAAGUUGCCGAAGUGCAACACCUUGUCAACGCGCACAAUGAAGCUCUCGUCAAGAGGUCCCACACUCACCGCGGCGACAGGCUGAUCAUCAAGAAGACCGUCUUCUACACUGGCUAUCUCAUCAGCCACGCGGAUACUCAACGUCUGUUGACCCUGGCGCAGCUGCCGGCUGACGUCGCAGAUAGCGACCUCAAGAUCCUUGCUAAUAACAUCAUGAUCUGCCCGCGCCCUUGCCCGCGUAGUAUUCUGGACAAGGUCGGCGGCAUGGGUGCCAAGAUGAAGUGGGAGAUCACCGGCACGGCUUGCUUCGAGAAUAGCAUCUGGGCGGCGAGUGUCCGGCCUGUCCCGCGGGGCGCAAAGUUCCACACCGACAAUCCGAGCCCGUUUGUGGUGCUCGCCGUACGCAAAGGGUCCAGGCCAGUCGAUGCUGGGAAGAUACAGAAUUGGAACCCUGUCAGCCCCGAACAGGCGCACGUAUUCGAGACCACAGUCGGAGAGAAGGUCCUUCUCAGGAUCGAGCCAGACAACCCCAGUGAGAAUGCAUACGAGAGCUUGUUCCCCAAGCUAGGCACCGGUGGGAAGCGUCCCAGACAGCCUGAUGACGGCGGCAUCGAGCCCUCUCUCAGGCAACCGGGUGUGCCGCAGGGACCUAGUGGUGGUGGUCGUGGGUUUUUCCACCAGGGAGGCAGAGGUGGUCGCGGCGGCCGAGGCGGCAGGGGCUUCCAUACCGGAGGCCGCGGUGGUCGAGGUGGCCGGGGAGGGCGGGGUGGCAGAGGUAAGCACCACUAUCACUCACUUGAUGAUGUUGGCCGAGGCAGUCAUCAAGUGGACUAUGACGAUAGCUCCCAGCAACAGCAGCAGGCUUUUGCCAAGAACAACACUAGCCAGAACCCUAGCGGAUGGCAGCAGCAGCCACCGACUGGGCCGGCAGCACAGGUUGGCAACCGCGGCGGCUUUGGCUCUGGAGGCCCAGAGCUGAACAACUACUACUGA